AUGACAACCGCGGAAGAAGACCCUAAGCGAGAGAAACUCCAGCGGGAGGGCAUCAACGAUGACGACGAUGACAUAUGGGGAGAUGAGGAAUUGCAUGAGGCCACAACGGAAGAUAAUUAUGGUCUAGAGACUCCCGUGAAAGAACAUGUGAAUACCAGUGCGUUAAGAAGGAAACAUGCCAAGGCGGGAUACUUAGACGGGAUAGGGGCAGCUGAAAAUCAUGGAUUGCAAGAUGCCUUUGAUGAAGGUUACCCCAUAGGUGCUUCGAUUGGUACUAGAAUUGGCCAGAUUAUAGGAACUUUAUAUUCCAAGAGCAACACUGAACUACUGGAUAAAGCAAGGGCAGAAUUACAAAUAUCAAAAGUAUUGGAUUCCAAAUACUUUGACGGCAAUGUUAAUCUCGUCGAUGAUUCAUUAUUAACUAAGUGGGAAGGUCAUAGCAUCAACCUGACCGACUCGAAAAAGAACAAUAAGGACUAG